UGCUCCUCGGGUUGCAAAUCCGACGUUUAGUUAACACAAAUCUGACAACGAUUCUAAUUCCCUCAAGUUUUACAUAUUGGUGACGUGACGCGAUACAGAUCGUUCAUUAUCGCUAUCUCAUCAGUCUCUGAUGGAUAUAAGUGCGAGCUUUCCUUGCCGAUAAGAAUUCUAGAGUGAUGUCUUAUCGUCAUGGAGAUGCUUAACAGCGACGAUUGAAGGAUUGAAAGCGAAAGUGGCUUUCAGAUAAAUUAUGAUACACGUGUCGUCCGAAAACGCGCACAGGUAUGAUCGGAUGAAGCGUAAAGGUGCAGCUUUUCUCACGAAUCUGUUCAAAUCGAGAAAGCUGACAAUAGGAAUGAAGAUUAACGAGGACGAAGAGAUGGAACGCGCGCCCAGGGUGGAAACUCCUGCAAUUAUUACCAAUGCUUGUCGUCGGAGCGGCUCGGAGAACGACAAUAUGAUGUCGCGAAUUCCAUCAACCUUGAGUGUGACAGCGGUGGACGUUGUCGUCUCUUGUCAGCCAUCACCCUCGCACUCAAUUCUGACCCUGACACCCGGUAGAACGCGUAACAUCGAUCAGGACAUGGAGGCGCUUAGACUGAGUCGUCAGGACAAUCCUUUUCUACAGGUACUAGCAAGUCGAGAGAGCCUUGUGGAAUCGAUCGAGGAAUCCGAGUCUGACGAUGCGAUUCUGAUGUCACAGGAAUUGGGCGACGCGGAUCCUCUCACACUCGCGCAGGUACACGAGCAUCUGGUACGUAGUCCACCUCCGGCUUCGUGGCCCAAUUCCACAGCCUUUCAGUUUCCUCAUCAGGAUCAGAAUACUACCCCAUACAAGAACGACGCGAUACCACAAGCUAAAAGUCCAUUAAAGACACCCUCACAUCGUAAUAACGAGCACGAGCUUUCCAGGAGCGAACCAUUGACCGAUAUUAGAGAUCGGCAUUCUCAUCCUUUCUCGUUACUACAUCCGACGCCAAUUCGUUCCUUGUCGGAAGUUCGACGACUCCAUCGAUCAGCCGAUGAUAGCGUGCAGCUCAUGUCGAAUGAAUAAAUUUCGCCAUUGGAUCAUGAUUUGCGUGGUUUCUCGUCAGAGUCGAUAUCUGGAAGGAUAUCGACUCUCAAUUUUCUCGACUAUUCUUCGGGAACAGCGAUUGCUGACGAAUCAGAGAAAAUUUCGUAUGCGAAAACGAAAUUUAUGAUUGAUUCUAGACAAGGUUUGUGGUAAUUAAGAAUGAAAAUAGCUGAACAGGAAAUACAAAGCAUCAAGAUUUCAGAUUUAAUCAGAUUGGGAUUACUUGAAAUCGAUAAGAUAGGAUUACAAAGCGAAUAAUAAUGCUUUGGAACAAGAUUUCUAAACGCAAUUAAUAAUACCGUUAAAAUAUAUUGGAAGUUCAAUAGUUUAAUGAAUUUUUAAUUAACUGUAAAAUUAUUUCCCGUGCAAUGGAAUAUAUAAAUAAUCACAAUUUUUAAUUGAUUUAAAUAAUCUUGAUUAAUCUGAUUGUAGUGUGCAUCGAAAUCUGUGUGUGCGUGGGCGUUAUAAAUAAUUCACAAUUACAAUCUUAUAUUUUUUCAAUAGGUCUAUUUUUAUAAUCAUAUUAUAAACAAUCAAAAUACAACAUCAACACAUUUUUUCAUUAUUUUUUUAUUUAAUAAUUAAAUAAUUCAUCUUUUAUUUGAUUUAUUUAUUUGCGGACAAUGUACGAAUAACUAAUGUGAAUUAUUAAAUGCGCGCAAAUAAUCAGGAAAUAUUCACACUUUAUCUUUUUAAAGAUACAAAUCGAAUCGAUCAAAUCGAAGAGUCCAAGAAUCCAAAGAUGUUGCGGAACGGAUCUUAUGUAAGGUAGCUUGCAAAAGAUUUUAAGAAUUGUCCUAUUGCAUAUAAUUAUUAUUGAAGUAACAAAAUAUAUUAUCUCUGCUAAAUCAUCAGCUGAGAGUUAAAUGAAUAUUUAAUAUAUCUAUUGGAUUUUCAAGCUUUAAAUUUAUGGAUAAUUCGGAAUUUACAAUUUAUCUUUAGACUGUCGCAAAGAGCAAAUUUGUUAUGUAACAAUCGUUAAAGCGCGCAAUGCAUAAUUAUUAUCUAUUAAAAAUCUGAUAGUAACGAAAUCUGUUGUUAAUAUGAUGGUUAUUGUUGACGCACAUGUCUGUAAUUAUUCGUGCAAUUUAAAUGUCUAUUUUGUGUAGCUAUUUUAAAAAUAUUUCAAAAACAUUUACUUUUGCGUGUGAAUCUUUUCUAUCACUGAAUAUAUUAAUUAAUAAUUCUUGAUUAUUGUUAAGCUAGCACAAAUAUUUUUCUCCAUCUAUGAUACACGUAAAAGUUUCUUUUUUUAUAAUAUAUUGCGAGAAAAUUAUAAAUACAGAAUGCACAAACAUUUUUCUCCUAUUAAAACUCACUUUUAAAGACGACUUAAAAUAAUAAUUGCACAUGAAAAUUAAUAAUCAAUUAAAAAAUAAUUCUAACGCUGAUAAAAUGCGCCAAAUGUACAGGCCUCAAUUAAACAAUUUCUCAAAUUAGAUAAAUAGAUAAAUAGUAAUAAGAUCUUUUUUAUGAGACAAAGCAAUGGAUAGAUUUAUCUAUAACGAUUUACUUCCAAUAUUGAAAGUAACAUUUCUUUUAACAAUAAAAACCGUUGUCAAUGAAUUCUCAACGAAUCAGAAAUAUUUCUGUUUAUUUUUCUCUUUCUAGGAUAACGAUUUUUGUAGACAAUAUAAACAGAAUCUCUGUCCUCUCUGACGUGUUCUUUCUAAAAUAUAAAUAGAAAAAAUUUAUUACGAAGUUACAUAAAAUAGUAUUUAAAUUUCUCUUUUGUGAAAAUUAAAUAAAAUUAUUAAAUUGCUGCAUUUGGAAUGUCAAUUAGCUUUGCUAAUACCUCGCAAGCAUUAAAUGUUAAAUUAAUUUACAUAUUAAUUAACACAACACACAUAUUUAUAUUUUUAUAUGAAAUAUGAAAAUUUUAUUGAAAUUAUCUAUGUUAUUUAUAAAGUCGUUAUAAAAAAGAGUAAAAUUUAAUUUACAUUAAAUUCUCUGAAAGUUUUGUAUAUUAAAUUUAUUUCUAAUUUAUCACACCUAAAUGUAACUUUGGAACUCGUCAGUUUCUCUUAUACAUUUGUCGAAAAAUAUUUGAUACCAUUUUUGGAUAAGUUUAAAUAAUAGUAUAGUAAUGGGUGGCCAACCGAACACAGUAGAAUUAUAUUUAUCAGAAGUAUAACAAUAUUGAAACAUUAUUAUUAAAAUUCAUACAUAGUCAUAUACUAAUCCAUGUAUAAAAAUUAUAUAAAUAAAUAAUAAAUUAAUUGUUAGGAGGACUUCAAACUCAUUAAUAUAAACUAUAUUACGAAGAUUAAAAAGAGUAAAGGGGAACGAUUUUUCUCUAUUCAAAAGCAUCUUAUAAAUAUAUACAUCUCACUUCGGUUGCGGUCACCCGCCGAUGAAAAGAAUCGGCGAAAUUUUAGCAGGGUUUAUACGAACUUUGGAAAAACAGUGUAGUGGAGUACCUAUAGAAAAUUACUAUAUAUAUCAUAUUAGAGUCCAAUUGACUUGGCUAUUGAGAGAAUUGAGAUUAAUUAUAUUAUACUUGUACUUAGAAAUCUUAUAAGCGUUAGAAAAUUUGAGAAAACGUUCGAUGAUGUAAAAACAAGAUGUAAACUCACAAAAAAAAAGAAAGACAGUAGAGAGACCUAUUUAAUCUAGCCGAGUGUAAUAUAUAUAUGCAUUUCACAUACGUGAAAUGUUUGCGGUAUCAAAGAUGUAAACGCGUUUGGUGAAACAGCAAACUAUGUUCGAAAUUUGUAGAGUUUAUUCUGAAUAUAUCCUAAGGUAGACUUUUUCAGUAAAUUAAGUGGACCAUAGAUACGAUUUUAUGUUUACAAAUUACAAACUCACUUUCUCUCUUCUUUCAAACGAAUGUUUAAACAGACGAGAACAUUAUCAAGCAUCUCCUGGUAGUACCAAGGAUUCUCGAUAUCAAAGAUAGCUGGUGCAUUAAGGAUCUAUAAGUAGCACAAAUUACACUUAUUCGAGAAUCAUGAUUUAUCCGAAAGUUGAUGAUAUCAAUGAUAUAGAAAAUUAGCGACCCAUGAAGAGUCCGUGAUCAACAAGGAUCAAGAUAAGAACAGAAUUGUCGUUAGCGGACACUUUCAAUAGCCAAAUGCCGCAAGAUAGAUAUUUUGCCACGAUGUAAUGGCCUAUAAAAACAUGUACUCAUCGAAGGCAAUGAAUCAGACUUAAUAAUAAACGAAGCGAAUAUCUUUUUAUCAAGACUUUGCGAAAUUUUGAGGCUGUCUGCGUGUAUGGAAAAAUCAUCUUAUUCAUUCAUUGCACACUGCAAAUUUCAAAUUAAGGAAAAAGAAGAGUAUUCUCAGGUGGACAGUUUAAUUUAAAAUAUCUUAUAUAUAAAAUGUAUAUAUAGAAUCGCAAUUACAAGGUUCUCCAUGUAAGAUCUUAACAAAUUGGAUAGUACUUCGCCGCAUUAUUUCGUCAUAAUUAAUUAAAGGGAUCAUUAUUGAUCGCCACAUUGAUUAUCAUCCAUUGAUUCUUUUUAUUUGUCUUCGCAAUUAUUAAUAACGUGCGGAUUUGUGUGCAAGCACCAACAGCGAGAUAGAGAGUAGAAAACAACGACAUGAUAAACAACAUAAUUGCGAACUUUAUUUAAGAAGUAAAAUAUGAAAAUAAAAGAAAGACUGUAAUAUAUUUGUCCAAAACUGUAUGUACAA